UAUCAUACAAGUUAAAAGCGAGAUUCAUAUUGGCUAUGGCUGCUCAAGCUUGUACCGGCUCUCAGCUUGGAGCUCUUUUGAGAAAGCGAAGCUGCGUUGGAAAGCCAUGGGAAGGAAAUCGAAUCAACACGAGGCGCCGUGGUGUGGCUUGUGCUGCGGUGGGUUGUAGCGAUUUGAUCCAAUUGGCUCCAGCGCUGGUAGCCGACGCAUCGUCCUGGAGUGCUGGGGAUUGGCUCAGUGGUUUGCUCUUCAACGCGGGCCAGGACGCAAACAGUGCGGUGCAAGGGGAACUAUCGGCCCUCUCUCUUGCCAGCGUCGCAACCAUCUUUGGAGCGGGUCUUGUGACGAGCCUCUCGCCAUGCACGCUCAGCGUUCUGCCAUUGACGCUCGGCUACAUUGGUAACUUUCGUGAGUUUCUUGACAAGAAAAAUUGGUUUUUUUUUUCUUUCUCUAUCACUACUCUAGGAUCAUCGGGGUCAGGGAAGAGUCAGGCGCAGAUCGCGGUGGAUGCUUUUGCAUUCUCGAUGGGAUUGGCGACAACGCUCGCGGUGCUGGGGAUCGUGGCAUCGCUCGCUGGAAAAGCUUACGGGCAGAUCGGGCAAGGCCUUCCAAUCGGUGUCUCCUGCUUGGCCAUGCUUAUGGGACUCAACCUUCUCGAGAUUAUUGAGCUGCAACUCCCAUCGUUCUUCGGAAACUUCGAUCCUCGCUCUGCUGCUGCCAAUCUUCCCACAAGUGUUCAGGCCUAUCUAGCCGGUUUAACGUUUGCUCUCGCGGCCUCUCCGUGCAGCACACCUGUUCUUGCGACUCUACUCGGCUAUGUCGCAGCUUCCCAGGACCCGGUGACUGGUGGUGCAUUGCUGCUUGUCUAUACAAGCGGCUAUGUCUCACCACUGCUACUCGCAGCAUCGUUUGCUGGUGCUCUUCAGCAACUUUUAGCGCUUCGGAAGUUUUCUGCAUGGAUCAAUCCUACCAGUGGAGCCUUGCUUCUGGGAGGAGGGCUGUAUACGUUUCUCGACAAAACAUUUCCAUCAUCAUCUAUGUCCUCAAUGAUGAUGAUGUAGCUUUUCUAUGGAAAAGAGAUAGAUCAUUUAAAAUUAAUGUUAAUGCUGGAACAAACCAUUAUAGCCAAUAAGAUUCCGCCACGGUCUUAAAGUUC